GCGCUUGAAAUUCCCGCCGAAGAGUUCCUCGGACAUUUUCGCUGUCAAAUUACAAAACACAUCAACAAAAAUUUGCUAAACACAUCAAAGUGCAGAUAACAAGCUGUGCCCCCUCCUUGAGAACCGUGUGCAGUGCUCCCGAUAUUCCAACCUCCUUAGUAUCCACGAAAAAAAUAAUUCGGCGGAUCCCCACACAUGGUGUGCACUUGAAAAUCGCCGUGUGCUAUAGUGCAGUCCAAGUAUACCUCAAAUACAACCUCAAAACCUCGCUUGCACCUGCUUGCAUCACCCAGUCCUCGUAUUCGCCCUGCCGGCAGUUGUCACGUCCCGAGAGCCGGAAAAACGCAUGACAAAAUGCGUGAGAAGCUCCCCGAGACGAUAAACUUCCCCCAGGAGGAGCAGAAGAUCCUCAAGUUCUGGACGGACAACAAAGUUUUCGAGACGAGUCUCAAACACUCGAAGGGAAAGCCCAGAUACUCCUUCUUCGAUGGACCUCCAUUCGCCACGGGGCUGCCCCACUACGGCCACAUCCUGGCUGGGACGAUCAAGGACAUCGUCACGAGGUACGCCCACCAGAAGGGCUACCACGUCGAGCGUCGGUUCGGGUGGGACACCCACGGCCUCCCCGUGGAGUUCGAGAUCGACAAGGCCCUGGGGAUAAAGGGGCCGGAGGACGUGGCGAAAAUGGGGAUUGAGAACUACAACAGAGAGUGCAGAAAAAUCGUGAUGAGGUACGCAGGUGAGUGGGAGAGAAUAGUGACGAGGGUGGGAAGGUGGAUCGACUUUAAGAACGACUACAAGACCCUGUACCCCUGGUACAUGGAGUCCAUAUGGUGGGUGUUCAAGGAGCUCUUCAAUAAGGGUCUAGUCUACCAGGGGGUGAAGGUCAUGCCGUAUUCAACGGGCUGCAACACCCCCCUAUCCAAUUUCGAGUCGGGUCAGAAUUACAAGCAAGUUAUUGACCCGUCCGUAUUCAUCACGUUUCCCCUUCUGAAUGAGAAAGGUCCGGAUGGGGAGACCGUGUGCAUCAUCGCGUGGACGACUACCCCCUGGACCCUGCCCAGUAAUUUAGCCCUCUGCUGCAACGCCAAUUUUGAGUACGUGAAGGUCAGAGAUAAAGCCUCGAAGAGGGUGUUUAUUCUGCUGGAGGUCGCCCUGGAGAGGGUCUACAAAUCCAACGAUCUUUACGAGGUCAUUGGGAAGGUCAAGGGGUCAGAACUGAAGGGAAAGAGCUACGAGCCCCCCUUUCCCUACUUCGAACACCUGAGGAAGAAACAAAACGCCUUCAGGGUCCUCAACGACAAUUACGUCACUGGAGACACUGGAACGGGGGUCGUUCACCAGGCACCUUACUUCGGAGAGGACGAUUACAGAUGCUGCCUCGAGGCUGGCAUCAUCACCAGGGAUCAGGAGCCAAUUUGUCCAGUGGACAGCACGGGAAGAUUCACCCCUGAGGUCACGGAUUUCAAGGGGCUCUACGUGAAGGACGCGGAUAAGGAGAUUGUGAAGAACCUCAUGGCGUCUGGAAAGUGCGUGAAGUACGUUGGGCACUCUCACAGCUAUCCUUACUGCUGGAGAUCAGACACUCCCCUGAUCUACAAAGCAGUGCCCUCCUGGUUCAUCAGAGUGGAGACCAUCAAAGAUAAACUGCUGUCCUCGAGCUCUGAGACGUACUGGGUGCCUGAUUACGUCAAGGAUAAGCGAUUUGGUAAUUGGCUGAGAGACGCCAGGGACUGGGCCAUCAGCAGGAACAGAUACUGGGGGAAUCCCAUGCCCCUGUGGCUCUCUGAAGACAGGAAAGAGGUCGUCUGUGUUGGGAGUAUCGCAGAGCUGGAGAAAUUGACAGGGCAGAAGAUAUCUGACAUCCACAGGGAGAGUAUCGACCACUUGACGAUUCCAUCGAGAAGACCUGGAUAUCCACCACUUCGUAGGGUAUCUGAAGUCUUCGACUGCUGGUUUGAAUCUGGAUCUAUGCCCUAUGCACAGCUGCACUAUCCCUUUGAGAAAGUUAAGGACUUUGAGGAGACUUUCCCUGCUGAUUUCAUUGCUGAGGGGAUUGACCAGACCAGAGGAUGGUUUUACACUCUCCUCGUCAUCUCGACAGCUCUUUUCGAUAAGCCACCGUUCAAAAACCUCGUCUGUAACGGCCUGGUGCUGGCAUCCGACGGCCAGAAGAUGUCAAAGAGCAAGAAGAAUUAUCCCGACCCCAUGGAGGUUGUCGACAGAUUUGGGGCUGACGCAUUGAGGCUUUACCUGAUCAAUUCACCUGUUGUCAGGGCUGAAAACUUGAGAUUCAAGGAGGAAGGAGUCAGGGACAUCAUCAAGGACGUUUUCCUACCCUGGUACAACGCCUUCAGGUUCCUCCACCAGAAUAUCGAUAGAUACGAGACCGAGGAGAAGACGAAAUUUAUUUACAACGAGAGUGAGAACGAAGUGAACAACAUUUCUAACAACAUCAUGGACAAGUGGAUUGUCUCGUUCACCCAGACUCUCCUGGAAUUCCUGAAGAAGGAGAUGAAGGCCUACAGACUGUACACAGUGGUACCAAAGCUCAUAAAAUACAUCGACAACCUGACCAACUGGUACGUCAGGAUGAACAGAAGGAGAAUAAAGAGUGACAAUGGCCCCGAGGACUGCAGAAGAGCUCUGAACACUCUCUUCUCAGUGAUCUACACAAUGACUCGUAUCAAUGCGCCCUUCACCCCGUUCCUGAGUGAAUUCAUGUACCAGAGGAUUGUCCAUCUCCUCCCGAGAGCCCCUAAAUCAGAAUUAGCAGAGUCUGUGCACUACCAGAUGGUUCCUGAGCCGAAUCCACAACUGAUUGAUGAAAAAAUCGAGAGGUCUGUUUCGUACAUGCAGACUGUCAUCGAGCUUGGGAGAAUCGUCAGAGACAGGAAGACAAUUCCAGUGAAAUAUCCCCUUCCAGAGAUUGUCGUGAUCCAUCAGGACGAGAAGAUUCUCGAGGAGAUCGUGAGUCUCAAGUCCUACAUCCUGGAGGAGCUCAAUGUCAAGGAGUUGACAGUGACAACUGACAAGCAGAAGUAUGGAGUCAGUUUGAGGGCAGAGCCUGAUCACAAAACCCUUGGGUUCAGGCUUAAAGGUGAAUUCAAGGCUAUAAUUCAAGCCAUCAAAGACCUCUCUGAUGCUCAACUGCAGGAGUUCUUAGUCACGAAGAAAAUCGUCGUUAAUAAUCAUGAACUUGGGGAGGAGGACCUUCGCCUCAUGUUCAGUUUCUCCGGACCAACGGCCCAGCAAUUGUCGAUGAGGUACGAGGCACAUUGUGAGGGGAAUGUCUUGAUUCUCCUGGAUGUCACGCCUGACGAGAGCAUGCAGCACGAGGGCAUUGCCAGGGAGAUCAUCAACAGGGUGCAGAAACUCAGGAAGAAGGCGCAACUGGUGCCCACCGACGAGGCUGAUGUCUACUACGAAAUAUCGGACAAAGGUUCUUCUCUUUUCAAAGUCAUUGGGGAUUACAGGGAGUUUAUUGAGGGGAUCACGAAGACUCCUCAGAGGGAGAUGAAGGGGGCACCUGUUGGGGAUGUCAUCAUCGAGGAGAUGCAGAAGAUCAAGGGAGUGGAGAUGAAGCUGGUGUUGGUGAGGAAAGGGGGGAGCAAAUCUCCUGAUGAACCUGCCUCCAAGUACGUGAACAUCAUCGUCGAAGGGAUUGAGCCGAGGUAUGGAGCGAACAGUGUGAAUGGCACUGUCUUGUUGGAGAACCCGAAUAAUGGAACAGGAAUUUCCCUGCAGCAGCUCAGGCGUGAGAUAGACGUCAUUUUCGGCCUCUACGCCAGGAACUUUGACGUGUUCUUCGAGGGCAAGAGGGUGGAGGGCGAUUUCCAGUGUCAAAACUUGAACAAAAAGACAAUAUUCGUUGUUAAAGCUGGUGAGACCCCUGGAAAAACGUCCGGAGAGAGCCAAAAACCGUUUUGUCGAUUUGUUAAUGUGGAGGUUGAUAGUAGAAAUUACUCAGUUCUGUUUGAAAACCCUUAGGGAUUCGUGUUGAAUAGUUCCGAAGACGUGAAAAAGAAAGUUGAACUGUGUGGAUCAUCCAAUGUAGAACUAGUUUAGUGAAAAAUUUUCUCUCUAAUUUAUUUCGUGGAUGGGCAGAAGAAUUUUGUAAACGAAGAGUUUGAAUAAACAGUUAAAUAAUACUUUUCUUA